AUGUUUCUAUUUUUGGGAUUACUUCUACUCAAAGGGUUGUGCCUUGAAAAACGAGUAUUCUAUAGGCUGAUAUCCGGAUUUCAUUCAGCGAUCACAAUAUCGAUAGCUGCCUAUAAUUAUAAGCAACCUCCCGGUGGUUUUGGUGUCGGGACAUGGUUCCGCAAUACGGAAAUGUUUGCUGGUCGUUUCGGAACCAAAUGGAGUUGGGAGGGACCACAGCGGUAAAU